AUGGAGGCUAAAAGUAGGUACGGAAGUACCAGUAGUGGACUGCACGGUGUGCCUGAGGGUAAAGUGAGGGUGUUCACGCAGAACUGUCCCACAACACGUCACACCAUUGUGCGAUACCCAGGAUAUGUCAAAGACACUGCAAAGGCUCUUCAGAAUCUAG